CUUCUUCGACGCACACACGGUGCUGGUCCGGAUGUUGCUGGUGGCAAGGAGGUAACCACGAGCAAUUAUCAGCUGAGUCGCGCCAUACCUAUACCUACAACAUUGGAUCAGCUGCUCAAAACUGCGCAACACGUGCGCGUUUCUUCUGUCGUUUUGUGCGGAACGUGAACGUAUACCAUCGUGGAUCGAAAACAUCACCGAGACGAGGGCUGAACUCGGGCAAAGACAGCUAAAGAGAUGGGCGUCCACGACAACACCGACUCCAAGUUCGGUCUGCUGAAGAAGCGUCCGGCCAGUCUCGUCGUCUUCCCCGAGGGCCCGAGCAAAUUGCUCAAACGCGAGGACUCGUCCAAGCAACCGACUGCCAACGGCUUCAGGGCUAAUAACCUUCCUGAGAAACCUGUACUCAGCCUGCAGCAACAAAGAAAAUCCCUGCCUGUUUACAAACUCAGAAAAAAAUUACUAGAGGAGAUCAGAAAAAACAACACCUUGAUAAUCAUAGGCGAGACCGGCAGUGGAAAAACGACGCAAAUCCCACAACUACUGCUGACGUCCGGCAUGGCUGGACCAAACGGCUGCAUCGGCAUUACUCAACCGAGGCGCGUGGCAGCUGUCAGCGUAGCCAAGAGGGUGGCUCAAGAGCAGAACACGAUUCCCGGCAAGCUGGUGGGCUACUGCGUGAGGUUCGAAGAUGUCACAUCCGCACAGACCAGGAUAAAGUACCUCACCGACGGUAUGAUGGUCAGGGAGGCCAUGGUCGACGAGGUUCUGUCCGACUACUCUGUCAUUAUACUGGACGAGGCUCACGAGAGAUCUGUGCAUACCGACGUGUUGCUCGGCGUUGCCCGAAGAGCUCAAAAACUGAGGACGCACAAAAAUAUGCCGCCGCUGAAGCUCCUCGUCAUGUCGGCCACCAUGGACGUGGACAAGUUCACUAAGUACUUUAACGCCCCAGCGAUAUAUCUGGAGGGCAGGCAGCAUCCGGUUCAAAUGUUCCACACGAAAAAGUCACAGGACGAUUACGCAUUUGCAGCUAUGGUCACGGUCUUUCAAAUACACAGAGAAAGCCCGCCAAACGAAGACAUUUUAGUAUUUUUAACGGGACAAGAGGAAAUCGAAGCUGCAGCAACGGCCGCUAGACAAGCAGCCAAGCAACUGGAUGGUAAGGGUUAUCCGCCACUCAAAGUAUUUCCUCUGUAUUCAGCGUUGCCGACGCACCAACAACUUGAAGCAUUUAAACCCUCGCCGCCGGGAAUGAGGAAACUAGUAUUAGCUACAAACGUAGCUGAAACGUCAGUAACUAUUGGAGGGAUUCGGAGCGUGAUAGACUCAGGAAUGGUUAAAGAGCGAACGCAUCAUCCGACUACGGGAUUAGAUGUGCUAAGGAUAGAUAAAAUAUCGAAAGCACAAGCUUGGCAGAGGACGGGAAGGGCCGGUAGGGAGGCUCCUGGAAAGUGUUAUCGUACUUACACUCUCGAGGAGUUCGAAAAACUCAAAGAAAUGCCGGUACCCGAAAUUCAAAGAUGCUCGUUGGCUGGAGUCGCGCUUCAAUUGCUCGCCAUUGGAAUUGAUAUUACGACCUUUGAUUUUAUGGACAAGCCUCCCGAGGAAUCGAUAAAUUCGGCUGUCAAGUGUUUGGAAAAAUUGGGAGCCGUCAAAGGUACUCCGCCACACCUGACGACACUUGGUAGAACGAUGUCUCUGUUCCCUCUUGACCCACGUUUCACAAAAGUCAUUCUCGCCUCUGUUGAACACAAGUGUCUUGAAGAAGCCCUGACUGUGAUAGCGCUCUUAUCGAGCGAGAACGUAUUCUCCGAACCACCGUCCAAACGUCAACAGGCACUGGCUGCCAGAUCAAAAUUCGUAUCGGAAGAAGGGGACCACGUGACGCUGCUCAACGUAUACAAAGGCUUUUUGAACGCGCAACAGAAGAAGGUCUGGUGCCAAGAAAAUUUUUUGCAUUUUAGGAAUUUGGAUUACGCUCAGAACGUUAGAAAGCAACUGGCCACACUUACCGAGCUGGCCAAGCUCGAAAAGAUGAGCUGUGGAAAUGACACGGAAUGCCUUAGGAGAGCUAUGCUCGAAGGAUUGCGGGAGAACGUGGCCGAGAUGCAGAGGGACCAGAGUUACGUUUCGAUUUCUUCUCGCUACCCCGUCGCAAUCCAUCCAUCCUCGGUACUUCACGGCACGAAACCCCAACUCGUGCUUUUUACUGAGGUUAUACUUACCGGAAGGUGCUACAUUCGAGGGCUUUCGAUCAUAGAUCCAACGUGGAUGAAAGAAAAGUCUGGAUCGUCCGGAAAAAAGGAAUAAGAGGAAUGUGAGCUGGUAUUUUUCUAUCAUUAUAUCACUGCUUCUGUUCAUAGAUCUAUAAAUGUUUAUUUUAUUACGUUUGAUAUAAUCACGGAAGUUUUCAACAUCCAUUAAAUCCAUUUAAUUAUUUAGUUUUUUACUUGAAACAAUUUUUCUUUUAUUGUUUUCUUUUCUUUGAGUAAACGAAACGCUA